UGAAGAUUGAAAAUUGGCAUAGUAGUUGGUCUACCCAUUAGAUCUGUUAAGAUGAGUUUACAAGAGUUUACUGGGAACACUCUAGUGUGUGACCUCAUACAAGAUGCAGUCUUGAAGAUAUGUACAGAACAUAUGAACUUCUCACGUAUCUUAGAAGUUGAUGGAAUCAUCUGUAUAUCUCCCGAGCAAAGCCAGAAGGAUCUUGUUGUUAAGAUACAUCGGACUAUAGUGAAAUCAUCUGAUGCUCUAUCCGAUGAUGUUGCUCUGAUGGAAAAUCAAACGCAGCAAUCUCAAACAGCUAGGUUUCAAUCUCAGGCAGCUAGCUUUCAAUCAGAAUCAAAUAGGAAUAGUUUCCCAUCACAUAUGAGGCUGAAUCAUACCCCAGGUCAUCAAGGGCUACGGGAGCAGGGGAUGAGAGGCCAAUUACAGGUUGGCCACAGGAAUCCUACAAUGCUGUCUGGUCAGCACGGAAAUCAAAAUGUUACAGUAGAAUAUAAUGAGUCUGGUAAUAUGUUACCCAUACAGUUAGAGCAAGAAGGGCGUAACGAGGACAAUAGCUAUAUUGACUAUGAGGUCACACAGAACUCUCCCGAUUCUAAUACAGAAGAGGCAGAUGACAGCUCCUAUGGUUUGUACAACAAUGAAGAGGAAUCUAACAACACUUGGGACCAGACUGAUAUGGAUGAAGAAAUGUUAGCCAUAUCAAACUCUUCAUUCCGCCUGGAGGAUGCCCUGGCGCCUCUUCCUGAGGUUCGGGUCCUUGAUGUCACCUUAUUCCCAUGUCCUUGGUGUAAAAGUCAAUACUCCACAGUAGAUGAGUUAGAGGUCCAUUUGCCAGUCCAUGGAGAAAACACUGAACGGUUCAAGUGUAAGUAUUGUUCCCGUUACUUUGCCCGGAAAUCAAGUUUGACCGUACAUUACAACAAGAUGACCUGCUUAGAUGAUCAGAGGUUUGAGUGUGUUCACUGUCAAGCUAUAUUGAAGACUCGCCAGCAGUUUAAGCUCCACAUGGGGAAACACUACAGAGAUAAGCGUACAUACAAGAAGAAAGGUGGCAAAGCUAUCGCUUGUAAACAAUGCGACCUUGUUUUAGGAAGCAUGGCUGAAUUCGAACGCCAUAUGAAGACACAUCCAGCGAACAAACCCUACAAAUGUAAAAUUUGCAACAAAGGCUUCCAGUCUAAAGGGGGCCAAGAGAUGCAUAUGAAGCGACAUAGGGGUGAGGAUCCAUACAAGAGUUAUAACAAGGCUAGCUGCACUCUUUGUGAUAGGGUCUGUGUUAGUAAGAGUGCUCUGGCCAAUCAUAUGAGAGUACAUGAUUCCGAUAGACCUUUUCCUUGCGAUCAUUGCUCCCAGAGAUUCAUAAGACUCAGUGAUCUUAAAGGACAUGCAUACAAGGAACAUGGUAUCACACCUAUUCCUGUAUUCCCCACACCAAAUAGUAAUGCCGGAGCUACACCUAAUGUCGAAGCCAACCCAAAAGAUGAAGCCAACUCUAAUGUUGAAGCUAACGCAACUAAUGUUGAAUCCACCAUUCCGUAUAAUGAAGAUGAUAUCUUACGAGAAGGCAUUUCUAAUGUAGAUGAUCCUAACAAUCUGGACAACACAGAAAAUUCAUCAGAAACUAUGACUGUUAAAACUGAAACUGUUGAAAUAGAGCAAACUGAAGAUGUUGAGGACAAUGUAGAAACUGAUGCUGUUCCAGGAGAUACAAGUAAUGAUAAUGUUGUUGAAUCUAUGGACGAGCUGUGAAAAAAUCAUGAACAUCAUCCUACAGUAGAGAUACCCAAUCACAAAAAAUGUUGGAGAGUGAAAUUGUACACUCUAUGCAAUAGCAAAGUGAAUCAUCAAUAAGGCAUAAUGACCACAGCUUUUGCCAAAUAUGUUGAAUUGUGCUAUUCAGCCCCAGAAUCACCCCCUGCAUACAUAUGGUACUGUAUAUCAUAUUCUUGUACUUGUGAAUGUCUUCAAGAAACAAGUUGUUGCUUUACACUCCCAAUCUGCACUCCGAAAUCUCGAUACCAUACGGAACAUUAAGAGCAUGGUACAGAACUGUACCAUUCGAGUAUGGUGCUCUAUGGUAUUGUUUAGUCUAUGGUACUAUACAGUUCCAUAUUUUACAG